CUACCUUCUUUUUUAUUUCUACCAUCACAGUAAAUAAACCAAUUACAGAGUAUGGAAUUUCGCACCCAAAACGAAUAACGGAAAAUGGAAGAAAAAACAAAUUCACAUAAUCAGAUCUCCACCCUCCAUUAUCAAUCCCCAUUUCUCUUCUUCGAAUCCAGCCGUUUAACCUCGCCAUACAUAAAUAAAAUCUUCCUCAAUUUUCUCUUUCCUCUCUCGUCCGCAGUCGGAUUUCUCAGAUACGAAGUUCAAACCCUUCGGACAGUCACACGCUCCGUUCUUCGCACACGAACGCUCUUUACAGCUUUUUAGCUGUAUACGGGUAGAUAAAUGGAUUCGGAUCAGGGGAAGCUUUUUAUCGGCGGGAUUUCAUGGGAAACGAACGAGGAGAAGCUGAAGGAAUACUUCCAAGGCUAUGGAGAAGUUGUUCAGGCUGUUGUGAUGAGGGAUAAGAUUUCUGGGAAGCCCAGAGGAUUUGGAUUUGUUGUUUUCUCAGAUCCGGAUAUUCUCGAUAGGGUUCUUCAGGAUAGACAUGUGAUUGAUGGCCGCACGGUUGAGGCUAAAAGAGCUCUAUCAAGGGAGGAGCAACAGGGUCCAAGAGGCGGCAACUCUGGCGGUCCCCGUAGCUUCGGUGGGGGAAAUAACAGGACAAAGAAAAUCUUCGUUGGCGGCCUUCCACCAACAUUGAGCGAGGAUGGGUUUCGUCAGUAUUUUGAAUCUUACGGUGUUGUAACUGAUGUAGUAAUAAUGUAUGACCAGCAGACGAAUAGGCCACGUGGGUUCGGGUUCAUCUCAUUCGACUCGGAAGAUGCAGUCGACAGGGUUCUUCACAAGACCUUCCACGAUUUGAACGGUAAGCAAGUGGAAGUUAAGCGGGCCCAGCCUAAAGACUCUAAUCCUGGUGGUGGGGGAGGCCGGCCCAUGGGAGGAUAUCAGGGGUACAGUUCUUCUGGUGGGAAUUCAAACCCUUAUGAUAGUCGAAUGGAGUCCAACAGGUACAUGCAGUCGCAAAAUUCUGUUCCUUUUGGAUCAUCCGCGUAUAAUGCUGCACCAGGUUAUGGAUAUGGCCCCACCAAUAACAAUAUGGGUUACGGCUAUGGGAAUUAUGGUGGUGGAAAUAAUCCUGGUGCUGGAUAUGGUGGUCCUCAGAGAAAUUCAUGGGGUUCGCAGGGUUCGUCUGGGUAUGGCUAUGGAGGAGGGUCACAGUGGGGUGGCACUAGCACUGGCACUGGCCAAUCUCCAGGGUAUGGUUAUGGAGGAUAUGGUGGAAGUGAGGGAGGCUAUGGGAAUCAAGGUAGUUAUGGUGCCGUUGGCGGCCGAGCGCCAAAUGGUGGCUCGGUUGAUCAUGCUGCGGCUGGUUAUGGAGGUGGUGGAAGUUAUGGUGAUGGUGGUAAUGCAGGAUAUAAUUCUGGGUGGCAAUCUGAUGCAUCACAGGCUCCCGGUAACUAUGGUGGGAGCUACGGUUCGACUAGGCCAUCUCAGUAGUGAUUUUUUUUGCUGAUUUUUGUUCGUGUUUUGUCUUAUCGGAGCUUAUGGUGUUUGACGUGUUGAUCGUUUCUGGUGCAGAGUAGGUUGCUCUUGCAACUUUGCUGUACCCUUUUUUAUUUUAUUUUAAUUUAUUUUAUCUUGGUAGCCCCGUAAAAUAAGUUGUUAUUCGGGAGUAGAUUUGCUGAAAAUUUUACUUGUGUGAACUGUAGUUUUAAUUCGGCUUGCUGUUUGCAGAGUCCCUUGCUUGUAGUAAUGUUUGAGAUAUAAUAUAUUUUGUUGAGCUUCCUGUGAGUUAAUUGCUGGAGUUGUUUGGUGACCUUAGUGGUUGAGUAUUUCAUGGGUUAUACGGGAUGCUGAAGCUUCUUGUCUUUGUAUUUGAUCAUUAUAUAUGUUAUGUUGGUUACUGAUGGAAGAUGUUUAAAGAUUAUAACAGAGACAGGAUUUUUCCAGGAAGGCUUUGAUAACCUUAAUAGAUGAGAUUUAGUUAUACGUGUCUUGGGUUUCUUUGUUAGGUAGUGAAAUUUUGCAGUAGUUGAGCCCCUUUUGUUUUUUCUCUGAUCCUUUUCUUCCUUUCGUUUAUUUUGGUUGGGAAGUUGAGCGAUUACCAUAUCUGUAGAUCGAUCUUGUAAAUGGGUAGCCAUAAUGGUAGUGGUAGAGAUAGACAGAAAUUUUUCCAGAUGACAUAAUUGUUUUCCCCUGCAUUUGGCAUUUAUGUUGUACAGGCUUGGAGAUGGUCCUGUUCCGGGAGGGUUUGGAAAAAUCGUCUUUUCAAAUUAAAGGCAAGGCUUAAUGCAGCAUAUCCCUCUAUCAUGUCUUAUGGAACUAUAGAGGUUGCAAUGAUUGGCUGUGAUGUGAGUUACCUCUAAAGUGGACAGCAGGUGGAACUUGGCAUAUUUCAAUCGCCAUGAUACCUGUGAUUAAGUACCAUCCGUUGUGGGCUGUUAGCCCGACAGUGUAAGAAGAUAGUGCCAAACAACCUUUUUAAGUAGAAGAGCCUUUUUUUUUUUUUUUUUUUU